GCCAAACGCCCCCUCAGCCAACCUACCUAUAGCUGUGUGUGGUCCCUCACCCGACUAAAUCCAACCAAUUUACCUUUUAUUCACUUUCUGUAUCAUAUAGUAAAAGAUGCCCAAGGAAGCCACGAAACCAAAACGCAAGGCUGCCGAGAAGGCAGAAAAGACUUCCCGGGCUAAAGCCACAAAGGCUGCCAAAGGGACUGGACCUAAACGCGCAUUGUCCGCAUAUAUGUUCUUCAGUCAAGACUGGAGGGAAAGGAUCAAGGCUGAGAACCCUGAUGCUGGAUUCGGCGAGGUUGGCAAAUUGCUAGGAGCCAAAUGGAAGGAGCUUGACGAGUCAGAGAAGAAGCCAUAUGUUGAACUAGCUGCCAAAGACAAGGCAAGAGCAGAGGAAGAAAAGGCUGCCCUCGCUCAGAGCAAGUCUGGAGGUGGCAGUGGUGAAGGAGAAGCAGAUGAAGACGACGAUUAAUCAACGAUAUCAAUACUCUUUGCUGGCAUCAGAAAAAUGACGUGCUCUAGGUUUUCCACCAUAAUCGUUGUUUCAAAAAACCAGUUGUUAUUUCAAAAAACCAGUUGUUAUUGUUACUAUCAUACUGAAUGUUGCGAGACCAGAUGACCAUUAUUCGCUCCUUUGUGUUCACCAUUCUGCCCUGUGUUUUUCCCCUCGUUACGUCUUUCGUUUCCCGCAUGUUGUCCGUAGCUGCUAAAUUGUAUUUCAUGCGACCAUCAUCAUGAUUGUAAGGUCAGGUUGGUUCUCCAA